UGCCUUGUCGCACGUUGUUCAAGUACUCUAGUUGGUUCGACGAACACAGUGAGCUCUUUCCAAGACUGCGAUGCCCAUCAAGCACCUGGAAAACCACCUCUCCGACCGGAAGCACACGCAAUCAUUUUCUCUGUCUGUGUUAUCCGACUCGCGUUUAGGAAUUGAUGCAUCUUACUACCUCAAAUUAUUGACGGAUAAUCCACCCUCGCGCGAGCCUCUGCUCGCUGCGACUGGUGGCUUACCCUUGGCGCUAACGACACGCAUCGAGUCUGAUUUGCGUACGCUCGAAAAACUACGAAUAAAACCUGUGUUCGUUUUUCCUGGCCUUUUGCCGAGCAAGCGCUGGAAGCAAUACCAACAUCACUUGGAGCACAAUGAUGCAUGCAGGGACCGGAGGGAUGCUUGGGCAAAGUACGAGGCUGGCCAGGAAGAAGCCGCCGUAAAACUGUUCGAGGGCAGAAGUGGGCUCCAGCAAUGGGACUUAUGGCGCAUGGUCUUGAGGAUAUUCAGACAUCGGAAUGUGGAGUUUUUGGUUGCUCCAUACGUCGCUUGGGCUCAGCUGAUUUAUAUGCAACGACACCCAAAAUCAUAUAUUCAUGCAAUCUUUGGACCGACAGACACCCUACUCUAUCCAGGGGUAGACAAAUUAAUCACUUCGCUUGACCUCACCUCUGCGACACCAUCUUUUUCCUUCGUAUCCAAACGUACUAUCUUGGGUGACUUGGGUCUAAGCGAGGACCAGUUUCUUGAUGUUGGCAUCCUUGUUGGUUUCGAGCAUUCGCCACCCUUUCCACCAACUGUUCACGAACAGGCAUUAAAGGCCACGGUGGACAUGGUCAAGUAUUACAAGUCCGGUCAUGCUGCCGUUUCCGCUUUCGCCGAGCACCCCGCUGUCAAGAGUAUGCAGUAUCCCGAUCAGAAGUGUCACCCCACUUCCCCUUGCAAUCACCACACCAGCACACGGUCCUAAUCACCCCCAUCAUCCGACAGCUGCGGAUAUACCUUCAGAUCUUCAUGAAAUCUUCACGCACCGUCUUCCUGACGAAAUCUAUUUCUAUCUCUCCCGUGGACUCUUGGGGCCCCAAGCUCUGGUUUGGCUGACCAGUGGUCAGAUCGUUGAACCUCCACCGCUUGAUAACGGUGAGACAACGGAGUACAAGCGGUUUGUCAAGGAGGUUAUCACCGAUGGCCAGACAGGACCGCGGGCGACAGCUCUCGCGCUCAUUAGCAGUGUUUCACAUCAAUUUUGGAACAACCGGAAGGUAGCGGGUAACUUUUGGUUUGAGAACCCCGCGCCCCACGGUCAGAAGUUUGUGCAACACAACUCACCACAAACUGUGCAGCUUGCCGAACGCGUGGCAGGGUGGAACGUUAGCUAUGCCAUUGUUGAGGAGGAACUUCGGAGGCAAAACGUGAGUUCCCGAGGCGCUUACGAAUU